AAGCGGCAGUAGAAAAGCUAGUGACCAGAGACCCUCAUCAAGUUAAUAAUGCUGCUUAAUAGAGUCUACAGUCGAUUCUCUCUCCUCUCUAUAACCCACAAUCUCCCUCUCUCUCCUCCUCAAAUCCCAAAAACCUGCUUUCUUCGAUUCCAUCGCAGGAAUCCAACGAAGCCCAUGAAGUCCAGCGUCGUCUCCAGGUUCUCAAAUCUCGCGCCUCUCUGUUCUUUUGCCGAGAAGAGCGCGGUUAACCCUAAUGGGUCCGUUGAGGGAGAAGGAGAAGACAAUUCAUCUCUACCCAAUGGAUAUCGUCUUCCUCCAAAAGAAAUCAGAGAUAUUGUCGAUGCACCUCCUCUUCCUCUGUUGUCAUUUUCGCCCCACAGGGAUAAGAUCCUUUUCCUGAAGCGAAGAUCUCUACCGCCUUUAUCAGAUCUUGCAAGACCCGAGGAGAAACUUGCAGGUGUGCGGAUUGACGGGAGUUAUAAUGCACGGAGCAGAAUGUCUUUCUACACCGGGAUAGGGAUCCAUUCUCUAUCUGAUGAUGGCACGUUAGGUCCUGAAACAGAGGUCCAUGGUUUCCCGGAUGGUGCUAAGAUCAACUUCGUUAGCUGGUCACGUGAUGGUCGGCAUUUGUCCUUCAGUAUUCGAGUUGAUGAGGAAGAUAACAGUAGCAAGCUACGAGUAUGGGUUGCUGAUGUGGAAUCAGGAAAAGCUAGACCACUUUUCCAAUCACCAGAUAUAUACCUAAAUGCAAUAUUUGACAACUAUACUUGGAUCGAUAGUUCAACGCUACUGGUUUGCACUAUUCCUCUUUCUCGUGGAGCACCACCUAAGAAGCCCUUGGUUCCCUCUGGCCCAAAAAUUCAAUCUAAUGAACAACAAAACAUUAUUCAAGUUAGAACAUUCCAGGAUCUUCUCAAAGAUGAAUAUGAUGAAGAUUUGUUCGAUUAUUAUGCCACUUCACAGUUAGUGUUGGCCUCUUUAGAUGGGACAAUGAAGCCCAUUGGUCCUCCGGCUGUGUACACAUCGCUAGAUCCUUCACCUGAUGAGAACUAUCUAUUAGUAACCUCAAUCCAUAGGCCUUAUUCUUUCAUUGUACCAUGUGGAAGGUUCCCAAAGAAAGUUGAGCUUUGGACUACUGACGGGAAGUUUGUAAGAGAAAUUUGUGAUUUGCCUCUUGCUGAAGAUAUCCCAAUUGCUUUUAACAGUGUGCGCAAGGGGAAACGGUCAAUUAACUGGAGGGCUGACAAGCCUUCAACUAUUUACUGGGUGGAGACACAAGAUGGAGGGGAUGCAAAGGUGGAAGCUUCUCCGCGUGAUAUAGUUUAUAUGCAAUCUGCUGAGCCUGCAGAUGGUGAAGAACCUGAAGUUUUGCAUAAACUUGAUCUUCGCUAUGGAGGUAUCUCUUGGUGUGAUGAUUCUCUUGCAUUAGUGUAUGAAUCUUGGUACAAAACAAGGCGAACUAGAACAUGGGUGAUCUCUCCAGACAACAAGGAGGUGAAUCCUCGCAUAUUAUUUGAUAGAUCUUCAGAAGAUGUCUAUUCUGAUCCUGGAUCUCCAAUGCUAAGGAGAACACCGUCGGGAACCUAUGUUAUUGCUAAGAUUAAAAGGCAAGACAAGGGGGGUUAUCUUUUACUCAAUGGAAAUGGUGCAACCCCAGAAGGAAAUAUUCCAUUCCUCGACUUGUUUGAUAUAAAUACAGGAAGUAAAGAGCGUAUAUGGGAAAGCAACAAGGAAAAAUAUUAUGAAACUGUUGUUGCAUUGAUGUCAGAUUACAAUGAUGGAGAACUGGACAUGGAUCAAUUGAAAAUACUUACUUCCAAAGAGUCAAAAACAGAAAACACACAAUAUUCUGUACAAAUUUGGCCAGAAAAAAAAGCAUUUCAGAUAACAAAAUUUCCGCAUCCGUAUCCACAAUUGGCCUCAUUGCAAAAGGAAAUGAUCAGGUAUCAGAGGAAGGACGGUGUUCAACUUACCGCUACACUUUAUUUGCCUCCAGGUUACAAUCCCUCGAAAGAUGGGCCUCUUCCUUGUUUAGUUUGGUCCUAUCCUGGAGAGUUUAAAAGCAAAGAUGCAGCUGGUCAAGUUCGCGGCUCUCCUAAUGAGUUUGCUGGCAUAGGUCCAACAUCACCUCUACUUUGGUUGGCUAGAGGAUUUGCUAUUUUAUCUGGACCAACAAUCCCCAUUAUUGGGGAGGGCGAUGAAGAGGCAAAUGAUAGGUAUGUUGAGCAACUGGUUGCUAGUGCAGAGGCUGCAGUUGAGGAAGUUAUAAGGAGAGGGGUGGCACAUCCCAAUAAAAUUGCUAUCGGGGGUCAUUCUUAUGGGGCAUUUAUGACAGCUAAUCUCCUAGCACAUGCCCCCCAUCUUUUCUGCUGCGGUGUUGCUCGUUCUGGAGCUUACAACAGGACGCUAACACCUUUCGGAUUCCAGAACGAAGACAGAACACUUUGGGAGGCUACCAAUACUUAUGUCAAGAUGAGCCCUUUCAUGUCCGCAAACAAAAUUAAGAAGCCAAUUCUACUAAUUCAUGGUGAAGAAGAUAACAACUCUGGAACGUUGACAAUGCAGUCUGAUCGGUUUUUCAAUGCGUUGAAAGGCCAUGGAGCCCUCUGCCGGUUGGUGAUUCUUCCCUUUGAGAGUCACGGUUAUUCUGCGAGAGAGAGCAUCUUGCAUGUGCUAUGGGAAACUGACAGGUGGCUGCAGACUUACUGCAUAGAUAAUUCAGAUAAGCCUGUUGAUCUCGAUGCCCCUAAGUCUGACACUUCAGAGGAUGUUGAGAAGAAGUCUUUUACAGCCAGUGGAGGUGUUCCAGAUAGAGAAGGGCUCGAGCAGGACGAAUCUCAUUCAGUGACAAGAUCGCUACUUUGAUUAUUGUAUAUUUCUUUCUCCAUAAAGGCACAAUAAGACAUGGCCCCCACGUGUACCAAGCUUGAGCGCCAUGGAGAUUUGACCAGCAAACAUAAUGAAGCUUACUUGAAAAACAACCCUCAUUCCGAUUUAAGGAAUAACAACACCCAGGCAAAAUUACCCUGCAUCAGGUCUAGUAAUGUAUCCAUCUUUGAUUCAUUCUUUUUCAAAUGGGGCCUUUCAGUUUCUGGUAACUGGACAUAUACGCUAAUUUAUUUAUUCCUUUAUUUCGAUUAGUUGAGAAAUUACUUGUGCUCAUUUGUAUGCCAUGAUUGUUGUUACAGACAUUCGACUUAUUUCUGUUCAUUGAAUGCAAUUUCGAGCAUCCUUUGCUUGUUCA